GUCUGGAUGAAAUUCUAGUUACGAAAAAACUAAUGGAGGAAAUGGUUACUCGGUGUUAUUGGAAUAAUUUCGGGAUUCAAUAUCUAUUAUUUGCAAUGACAUCAAUUAAAAUGGUAUUGGAUGCAAAACCGAUAGUUCCGGCUGAAAUAAGCAAGGAAGAAAUAAGUCCAUACUGGUCAUUCAAUGAGACUGCUGAUAUAUCCAAGUAUGAGGAUUUCGACCAUAGAAAGUUUUUAGAACAUGAACUGCACCUAGACGUAUUUGACCCGGCGAACGCCGACGAGGUACAACCACCGAUUAAGCUGCGUACCACCACGUUGGCACCAUCCACGCCGACUCCCGAACCGAUUAUUCAUGUAGGCACGACAAACGUUACGGUUCAGUUGGGCAGCACGGCGUUGCUUCACUGCGAGAUAGCUAACAUAUCCGAGAAAAUGGUGUCUUGGGUACGGCGGAGAGAUUGGCAUAUACUGAGUUCAGGUGUGUUGACGUACAUAAAUGACGGACGUUUCCGUGUUUUUCAUUCUGAAAAAAGUGAUGACUGGGAUUUAAGGAUAUCGCCAGUAGCUAAGAUCGACAACGGUACUUAUGAAUGCCAGGUUGGAACAGGCACUGGUAUUAUGACACAUUACUUCAACUUGUUCGUGAUUGUUCCAACUGCUGUAAUAUCAGGUAGCGAUGAAUAUCAUACACCCGAAGGAAAUUCAAUAGUGUUAUGUUGUAAAAUCGAAAAUAGCCCAGUACCGCCGCAAUACGUGUUAUGGUACCAUAAUGGUAAAGUUAUAUCAUCAAGUCAUUUUAACAAAAAUGGACUGAAACCCGAUCGCCUGUCCAUCAGCACGGAACAGAUAGAUCGUAAAAUUUACAGUCGCUUGACAAUCACAAAAGCAAUUCAGAUUGAUACAGGAAAUUAUACGUGUCAGCCUCCAAACACUGAUCCCGACUCUACUUAUAUUCACAUCACGCCAGAAAUUGACAACACAGCCGCAAUUCAACGACACAAAAGCUCAAAUUCAGCUCUACUGGUGACAGAAUUGUCAAUUUUUCCAUUGACAUCCUUCCUUCUUAUUGGUCACAAUGGAUUUCGAUGGGUUUUUUUAUAAUUACAAUUAUACUUAGUUUUUACUAAAUUGAGUUGUUCAAAUAUUUUUGGCGUAACCUUUACCAUAUUAAACUUUGUUUAUAUGUUAAUAAAAUAUUAAAAUACGGUUUAUGAACUUACUAUAACUGUAAAGAAGUUCUUUGUAAAAUAAAAUA